CGGAAAAAUACUGUUAAUGGCAUGGUAUAUAAAGAUGAUCCUACAAUAUUUGCCUGGGAAUUAGCAAAUGAGCCACAAGCUGUUUACACUUCGAAUGCGCAUGACGUAGUUUUUCAAUGGUUCGAUGAAACUUCUAAGUUCAUUAAAUCGUUGGACAAAAAUCAUUUAGUGACUACAGGAACCGAAGGAAAACAUGGAAAAGAUUGGUUUAUUACUAUGCAUAAGAGUGAUAGUAUUGGUGAUCCGAGCCCGGAAAAUCUUCAAAGAGCUGUAAACUUUAUGCGCACUUUUCUACAAGAGACUAGUGAUUGGUCAACUAACAUUUUAAAGAAACCUGUUUUACUGGGGGAAUAUGGAAUGGCGCGUGAUGGUUGGACCGAUCUCUCAAAGUAUGAUCCAGAAGCACCUGUAACUAACAGAAAUAAAUAUUUCACUGAAGUAGCAAAGACAAUUUUUGAAUUGGAAAAACAACAUGCACAAACGGGGCUUAUGUUUUGGGCAUACUCUGGAAUUGGGCGUCCCAGUGAUUCAAAACCUACGUGGGUCGGUGAUCCACCUCAUGAGGAAACAUUACGUGUGUUCUUGGAUCAUGCAAAGCAAAUUAAGAAUGAAAAUAAAUUAACAGUUCUUUAG